AUGAUGCAACCUUCCAUGUUCAUAUUGUACCUCCUUCCUCUCGCACUCACCACGGCAUUUGACCUGAACCCUACGGUCAAGUUACCAUCUGGUGCCAAUGUGAUUGGAAGCUCUAUUGCCGGUAUUGAUUCCUUCAAAGGUAUCCCAUUCGCUCAGCCACCUGUCGGACAGCUCCGAUUGCGGCCACCUCGAGCAAUUGUCAACCAGAGCGGUAAUAUCCUUGCCACUGGUAUUCCGAAAGCCUGUCCUCAGCUAUAUCUACCCAUCGAUACCAGCAAUAUACCAGCCGCCGCUUUAGGACUUCUGCUCAACACCCCAUUGGUGCAAACCUUUACCAACGCCGGCGAAGACUGCUUGACCAUAAACGUUCAGCGGCCAGCAUCCGCCACUUCUUCAUCAAAGCUUCCAGUUAUCUUCUGGAUCUAUGGGGGCUCAUUUCAAUUUGGAUCAACUCAAAUUUAUGACGGCAGUUUCAUAAUCACAAAUUCUGUACAACAAAGAAAAGAUGUGAUAUUCGUCGCCGUCAACUACAGAGUCGGCGGCUUUGGAUUUCUACCAGGAAAAGAAGUUCUGAAGGACGGCUCUGCAAAUCUUGGUCUGCUUGACCAACGUCUCGGCAUGCAAUGGGUAGCCGAUAAUAUCGCUUCUUUCGGGGGUGAUCCAGACAAAGUCACGAUCUGGGGAGAGUCGGCUGGGUCCAUCUCCAUCUUCGACCAGCUGGCUUUGUACGGAGGCAACCACACCUAUCAAGGCAAACCCCUUUUCCGUGCUGCCAUCAUGGAUUCUGGGAGCAUCAUUCCGACCGAGCCAGUAGCUAGUCCCCGCUCUCAGGCAGUAUACGACAGAGUUGUUAAGAACGCUGGUUGCUCUUCCGCCGCUGAUACUCUUUCUUGUCUACGUGAAACAGACUACACCACCUUCUUGAAUGCUGCCAGUAAUGUUCCCGGUGGCAGUAUUGCAGGUUCCUAUCUGCCGCGUGCGGAUGGAAAUAGUCUCAUGAAAUCCGCCAACCUCAUCGCUCAGGAAGGCUCCUAUGCGCCGGUCCCAUUUAUCAUUGGGGAUCAGGAAGACGAAGGCACUAUUUUCUCCCUUACCCAGUUCAAUCUCACUAACGAACAACAACUCGUUGACUACUUCUCCAACGUUGUCUUCCCCAACGCCUCUCGAAGCACAGUUCAAGGAUUAGUUGACACCUACUCCGCGGACCCAUCAGCCGGUUCGCCCUACAAUACAGGGCUUCUCAACAACUUUUACCCCGAAUUUAAGCGCCUGGCUUCUAUACAAGGCGAUAUCGUGUUCACUCUUCAGCGGCGCCUGUUCCUUGCUUUGGCAUCCCUUGCAAAACCAAAUGUCGCAUCGUACUCGUACCUGUCGUCCUCCUUCUACGGCACACCCAUUCUAGGCACCUUUCACGGGACUGAUGUUCUACAAGCCUUUGGUUAUAUUCCCGGCAUCCCAGCUGCCAGUAUGCAAGCAUACUACAUCAGCUUCGUCAAUACGAUGGAUCCUAACCAGGGGACGAGUGCGCUGCUGCCGAAAUGGCCUAAAUGGAGUACGGGGAAGCAGCUUCUCAAUUUUCGUGCGCUAAGCAAUACGAUAAUUCCCGACAAUUUUAGAGAGGCUAGUUAUGAGUAUCUGGCUGCUAAUAUUGCUGAAUUGACAGUUUAACAUGAUAGCUCUGGAAAUUCACUG